AUGGCACCUUCUUUAAGUUUGCGACCGCGUACAGGCGCCAGCGAGCGUCCUCCCACGAGAGACAAUGCCGACCACAGCCUCAUCAUCCCGAGCCGGACAUCGUCGCUUCAUUCGAGGAUCACCCAACCGCUUCCAUCGACUUUGAACGUCAAGCAGGGCGCGCGGAGCCCCAAGACCCUGACCCAUGCCUACAUGGUGUGUGGUGUUGGUCGCGAGCCAUCACAAUGGGUGAAGGCGCCUGCGCCCUCUCAGGGCAAGAUUGGCCACAUGAAGGGUGCUGUUGGUACCUUCUGGCUUCCUGAGAUUCUGGGAAGCAGUCCAAGACUGGAGCAGGAUAACGAGAUCGCGAGGUCUCUUCAUGCUGCCAUGCGAGCAUGUUUCCCCCACGACGUCGAGAUCUGCACUGGCAGGAGCCAGCCGCACUGCGUACACCACUCCUUCGUCCUGCAGCAAGAUUCCUCACACACUCUUUACGGUAUCGCACUGCGCGUCUGGUCUCGCGCUGAUGAGAAGCGCGCUGAGACUAUUCGCGACCUGCGCAAGCGAAUCGAGCCCGACUUCUUCGACAACCCAGACGAGACAUACUGGAUCCCGUACUGCCUGAGCUUCCUCUCCCGAUACCCCUUGUACAACCUACUCGGCGACUACCUGCGCGGCAUGUGGAUUCACUGGAAUAAGGCUACCAACCUUUUCCAUGCCGAGGAGGUUUCACGCAUCCUCAGCUUCCCAGCUCCUCGCCUCAACGACCUGGUCCGCAUCGACAUGAAGGAUUACGCGCUGUGCUACCAGUUCCCAUCCUCGCCUACCGGAUUUCAAAACUUCGCCAUGUGGCCCCUCUUCACGUGUCUCUCAAUUCCCAACAUUGUGGGUGUGAUAGAGGCUGCUGUAUCGCCCACACGACGAAUCAUCUUCACCAGUCACUACCCCGCGAUGCUCACCAUCGCAGCCGAGACAGUCCGUUUCUGUGUCCGGGUGUACGAGUGGAGCGGUCUGUAUGUACCCGUCGUUCAUGCGCGUCACGUCAAGGAUCUCGUGCAGGAGCCGGGCCCAUACAUUCUGGGUGUAACAUCAGAGUGCCGAUCGCUCUUCACGGCUCCCACAGAUGCCCUUGUCGUCGACUUGGACCGGAACUUCGUCCUGACUUCAAGCCCGCCUACCGCUCUUACCGCCGGCCAGAGGACCAAGAUGAUCCAGCGUCUGACUCAGGCUCUCAACGGUGAGGUUUCACCAACCGGAGUUCCACAGCAUCUGCGCUCGGCGUACGGUGGCGGCAAGCUCAUUCCCGCGGGUCAAAUCAUUGUGAUGCGUGGUGAGGUUGAGAGCAUCCAGGACCCCGACUGGUGGACCCAGGAUGCUGUCAUGUCGGUCAUGGACCACGUGUGUGAGAAAUUGGGCCGCAACACUGGCGUUAAGGCUAUCUUCGGUGGCUCUGUCAAGAAGCCGCUGAUGACCAAGGUGUCGAUGCGCCACCUCAACGAGAUCGUUCGCGAGCGCAACCAGUACUCCCGUGACGCACAAGAAGCCUGGACAGACUUCAUCAACCUCAAGCAGCGCCUCGACAGCGAGCUUGGCAAGGUUACAAAGCGCAACAACUUCUUGGUCGAGGAGCUUGAGAGCUGGAAACAACAGUUCCUCAAGUUCCAGGCUUUCGCCGAGCAACUCACCAAGGAGACCCAGGAUCUCAAGGUCAAGAUCGAGAACCACAAGCGUGAGAACCGUCGUCUUACAAGCCUUAUCGACCAACAGAAGGAUGAUGCCGCAAGGCUCACUGUCCGUCUGUCCGGUACUGAGAAGCAACGUGACGACGCCCUCGAAGCGCUUGUACUACAGCAAGAGAUUGCUGAGGAGCUCGAGCGCGAGAGGAAGAAGAACAAGAAGGAGCUUGGUGCUCUGCAACAUACCAACGGUGCCAUCCAGCGCCAGCGCGACGAAGCGCAACGGGUUGUGCUCCACCUUCGUGCUCUUAUCGAGGGUCAGACCCACCACAUGGAGCACAUCGUCAAGUCCCUUAACCAGGAUGACAUGUCCAACUAUAUGGAUGCCGGCUUCGAAGACGUGCCUGAGGAGGAUGAGGAACAGGAGGAGUUUGAAGAUGCGGCGUCGCGCCAUCAAACCCCCCGUCACUCGAUCAAGGACAAGUCUGAGGUCGGUACCAUCCGCGGCGUAGCCGGUGUUGAGAGCCGCCAGGAGUCAAGAGCCAGCACUGCGCAGGGCAAGCACCUCGACGGUGAGGACGUUACACCCGACAUGGAGCAGCGUCUAUUCAACAACCCCGCACGCAACUCCAAGCGCUUCUCAAAUCAAUCAAUGGUCGACGUCGCCGACCGUGUCCUUCGGGACAAGACCGACGCCAUUGCCUACAUCAUCCGCAACAUCUCAGAGCAGUGCGCUGCAGCUGUUGAGGGUCUUCAGCUCGCACAGCGUGCUGACACAGAAGAUGGCGACAACCACAGCGACCGCCGCAGCAGCGUUGGUCAGAUAUCAUCGGCCGGAGGCCGCGCGCAAUCGACUAUUGGCAGCGAAUACGGCGACGAGGACAACAUGCUCCGCCCCAACCGGGGUUCAAGCAUCCCCCCAACGCCCGAUCUAAGCCAUCGGUCCAGCACCUCCAUGUCCAUGGCCAGUGCCAGCACAACACCGGACCGGACGAGCCUACAGCACCGAUCGCACGACAUCCCCGUCGUACCAACCCGCAUCAUCGAAGACGAUGACGACGUAGACGGUAACAACGAUCUCGAUGCCCACAUGGUUCCCGUGUCCAAGUACGCGCAACCACUGCAGCGACCCAACACCGCUGUACGCCACAACAUGCGAUAA